CCGGUCUGACGGAGUACUUAGGUCGUUGUUUCCCGGCCUCCUCCGUGGCAUAACAGUAGCAAGAAAAGUAAAGACACUCGUUUUUUCAGUCUUCCCCUGCCAGCUGCCAGACAUCAUGAUGUCCUUCGCCUGGCUCCUCCUGGCCCUGGUUUACCAGGUCCAGGCCAAGGCCGUCUUCGCCCACUUCAUGCUGGCCAACAGCGCCAAUUUCACCAAAACACACUGGGAGGCCGACAUCACGGCCGCCAAGGCAGCGCAUAUCGACGCCUUCGCUCUGAACACGGCCUACGGGGCAGCCAACGCGACGAAGCUCCUGAACGACGCCUUCGCGGUAGCCUCGGACCUCGACUUCAAACUAUUCCUCUCCUUCGACUACUCGGCGGGCGGCUGGCCCGCGGACCAAGUAACCGACUGGCUGAAGAACUACACCACGCACCCAGCGUACUUCACCGACAGCACGACCAAGCACCCGUUGGUCUCGACCUUCGAGGGCUACCAAGCGACCGGCGACUGGAGCAGCAUCAAAAGCAAAGUCAACGUGUCCCUGAUCCCGGACUGGAGCACGAAGACGCCGGCGCAGCUGGCCGCGCUGUCGGUCGUGGACGGGCUGAUGAGCUGGUCGGCGUGGCCGUACGGCAGCGACGCGAUGAACACGACCUCGGAUCAGGAAUACAUGACGGCGCUGAAGGCGCACAACAAGGCGUACAUCAUGCCGGUCAGCCCGUGGUUCUACACGGACAUGGUGCGCUACGACAAGAACUGGGUGUGGCAGGGCGAUGACCUGUGGUACACGCGCUGGCAGCAGGUCAUCCAGCUGCAGCCCGAGUACGUCGAGAUCAUCACCUGGAACGACUUCGGCGAGUCGCACUACAUCGGCCCCUUGCAUGAGAACGAGCUCGGCAUCUUCCAGUACGGCGGCUCGCCCUUCAACUACGCCGAGAACUACCCGCACGAUGGCUGGCGCCUCACCCUGCCGUAUGUCAUCGAUCAGUUCAAGAAUGGCUCCGCAGAGGUCGAGGACGAGGGCGUCGUCGUCUGGUAUCGUCUCACCCCCGGCAGCGCCUGUCCCGCCGGCCAGACGACCGGAAACACCGAGAGUCAGAACCAGAACACCAUGCCCCCCGGCGAUGUGUUGCUGGAUAAGGUGUUUUUCUCGGCCCUGCUGGACGAGGAGGCCGAUGUGGCGGUCAGUAUUGGCGGCAAGAAUCAGACGGUCCAGUGGGGGGAGACGCCCAAGGGCGGAAAGGGCGUCUAUCAUGGGAAUCUCGAUAUGGAUAAUCGCACCGGCGAGGUCGUGGUCACGCUGUCGAGGGAUGGGAAGUUCGUGGCCCAGGUCACUGGGGAGAGUAUUACCAAGGACUGUCCGCAUAAGUUGACGAAUUGGAAUGCCUGGGUCGGCAGCUCCUCGACGAAUAUCAGUGGGAAUGCCAGCACCUCGCGCGCGUCGUUGGAUAAGUCCGGGGCGGGCUCGAGUCGCGGGGUCACUGGCUUGCUGGUCGUGCUGGGGCUUUGGAUGUUCUGGAUUGCGCUAUGAGUGGGUUAUAUUGGAUGAGGUGGGUCGGGAUGGGAUGGAUGGAUGGAUGGAUGGAUGGGAAGGAAUGUGGGUAGAGUUGGAGUUACGCGAG